UUGCUCUCUCAAAGAUGGCUGCGCUCCGGGGCAGAAUGGUCACAGGAUCACUUACAUGUUUGUUUCGACAGACAAGCACAGCGAACAUUUCCACAGAUCCUAUCGUAAUGACAGGUAACAAGUGGGAUGUACCAAGGUUGCGUCUUCACACUGUCAGAGGUAGUAAAGGUCCACUGGUUAAGGCCCUGGUUGGGUGUCAAAGUCAUGGACAGUUCCUGCUGGUCAGUGCUGUGGCAGUCAGACACAACAGCUCUCAGGCAGCAGAAACAGUUCAGAGUGUGUCCACUCCCAGUGAACCUGUAGAUGCUACUGCAUCAAUCCCAGUCUCCAUUCCAAGCCCUAGUGCUGACCCCGCCCUAGCAGUCACAGAGCAGUUGGCCAAGGCUCCUCUUACAGCAUUAGAUGUCUUGCAGGGGGUUGGUGCUGAUUCCAACCUAGCAGAGCUUGGCCUGGGCAGCAGCACACCUGUGGGCUUGAUCCAGAAUCUGCUUGAGUUUAUGCACAUUGGCAUUGGACUGCCGUGGUGGGGUGCCAUUGUUGCAGGUACGAUUAUUGCUCGGUGUGCUGUGUUCCCGGUCAUUGUGAAGGGACAGAGAGAAGCAGCCAAGCUGAACAACGUCCUGCCAGAAAUGACCGAACUCACCAACCGCAUGAAUGAGGCCAAGCAGAGUGGUAACACGUUUGAAUUUUCAAAGGCGUACACCAACUUGAUGAUGUUCCAGAAGAAACAUGACGUAAACCCUUUACGUGGGCUCCUAGUGCCCUUGGUUCAGGCUCCAAUCUUCAUCUCUUUCUUCAUUGCCCUGCGUAAGAUGGCGUAUCUGCCUGUACCCAGUUUGCAGACUGGCGGCCUCUGGUGGUUCACAGAUCUAACAGCAUCUGAUCCAUUUUACAUUCUCCCCAUUGCUGUGACUGGCACUAUGUUUGCUAUCCUAGAGUUGGGAGCCGAGUCUGGUGUAGACAGCCCCAACCUGAGGGCAAUGAAGACUGUCUUCAGAAUCAUGCCCUUUGUCAUCCUCCCUCUGACGAUUAAUUUUCCCACGGCUGUGUUUACCUACUGGAUGACCUCUAACCUCUUCUCGCUGGGUCAGGUGGCCUUACUGAGGCACCCAGCAGUGAGACAGAAGUUCAGCAUCCCAGAACGCAUCACGCAUCCAUCAUCAGCCCUACCUAAGAAUGAAGGUUUCAUCGAAAGUAUCAAGAAAGGAUGGAAGAAUGCCCAGUUGGCUCAGCAGCUGGAGGAGAGAGAAAGGAGAAUUAAAGGGCAUCUUGACAUGGCAGCCAAAGGUCCCCUGAGGCAGACGUUUACCCACAACCCUCUGCAGCAGUCAACAGCACCAAUGUCAACAGGGAAAACAAGUAGUCAUAAGCAAGAUGAGAAAAGGCCCUGGGAAGAGACAAUCAGCUAAAAGCUCAAUGGAGAACUGUGCGUUUGCGUUGAACCCGUAUGCAUUGCAGACUAAGGAAUGUGUAUUGGAAAAGGUGUUGUGCUGUGCGUUCUUAAUGUUAAAGAGCAAUCCUAUUGCUUUCCCGCUCUCUCCAGUCUUUUAGGCAAAGGCCUACAAAUUAACCUCUGUCUUAUUACACAGCUCUCUGAAAUACUUGAUUCCGAUUGGUCGCAUUCUGCGGUCCAAUAUAUUAGUAUAAUGAUUGCUAUUGUGUAUUAUUAUUGACUGUUGUCCAAAUCAACCAAUUUCCUACAUAGCAAGCAUCACUCUUUGCUCUCUUCUCAUAUAAUUUAAUAAAACUCAUCAAUAAUUUAUUCCAAGUUCUUUGGUCAAUAGCUGUUUAAUAAGCAGGAUAAUUUACAGUCAUCUGAAACAUUGUGUAAAAUAAACUGCUUUAGGAUGAUCACCCUAUCAGGGUUAUUGUUCGAUAAUGGUUAAUUUAACAUUUAAUUAUCUUAUACUUAUUUGUCAAUAAAGUACAUAAAUACUGUACACUCACAGACUAAAUGUUAACACCAACAUUAUAACAGUGUGUUUAUAUGUCCCAAAAACAGAAAUUGUGUUGGUCUUUAUUUUUAUAUUACAAAUCCACAGUAACACUGCUUUUGUCAUUUCAGGAAUAUGAAAACAUUGAAAAUACUGCUUUAUAUUCUGAUGUGAAUCUGUAAAUUAUUAGAAAACAUUGUAGUGACAAUUCAAAAAAAGUUUUCAAAAUGCAAAACAAACCCGCUAUGUAUUUGACUUUCAGUGUACAGUCAUCUUAACGUGUAUUGAAAUAACAUCUUUGACAGUAUCACCAAAAAUGUGUCCAUAUUAAAAAACAAAAAUCACAAGUAGUUUUACAGUUGUUUCAAAAAAAUGGUACAAAUUGCACCAAAUAAUUCCUAUUUUAUCAGUGCUAUCAUUUCAUCAGCUCGCAAAGUCCUGUAACACCUCAAAGCUAGUUUCCUCUU